AUGUCGGGAAUUUUGGCUGCUGCUGAAACAGGAAGUUUUCAAGAAGUGAAACGGUUGGUUGAAUCUGGUAUUGAGGUUAAUGAAAAAGACGACAAUGGCGAGACAGUUCUUCAUUACGCUGCUUUAUCUGAUUCACUGGAAAUUGUCAAAUAUUUAGUUGAACAAGGUGCAGAUAUAAAUUAUAAGAACGCGGAAAACAAAACUGCUCUUCACUAUGCUGCUUACCAUGAUUCACUGGAAAUUGUCAAAUAUUUGGUUGAACAUGGUGCAGAUGUUAAUUUUGAAAAGAAUGGCAAUGCUAGUCCUCUUCACUUUGCUGCCCAACUGAAUUCACUUGAAAUGGUCAAAUAUUUACUUCAACAUGGUGCUGAUAUAAAUUAUAAGAACGUGGAAAAUGAAACUGCUCUUCACCAUGCUGCUUACCACGAUUCAUUGGAAGUUGUGAAAUAUUUAGUUGAGCAUGGCGCGGAAGUAAAUUUUGAAAACAACGACAAUGAUAGCCCUCUUCACUAUGCUGCUGAACUGAAUUCAUUGGAAAUGAUAAAAUAUUUAGUUGAGCAUGGUGCUGAUAUUAAUUCUAAAAGCAAGAGUAAUGCCACUGCUUUGAGUGUGGCUGUUAAAACCGGAUUACUGGAAAUUGUCGAAUAUUUAGUUGAACAUGGUGCGAAUGUAAAUUGUGAAAGCAGUGACAAUGAUAGUCCUCUUCACUAUGCUGCUAAAAUGGGUUCACUAAGCAUGGUCACAUAUUUAGUUGAACAUUGUGCGAAUGUGAAUUUCAAAAAUGAGUGGGAUAAUACUGCUCUUCACUAUGCUGUUGAGGCGGAUUCAUUGGAAAUUGUCAAAUAUUUAGUUGAAAAUGGUGCCGAUGUAAAUUGUAAAAGCAAGCGUAAAGCCACUGCUCUGCAUUUUGCUGUUAGAAAUGGUUCGCUAGCAAUAGUCAGAUAUUUAGUUACGAAUGGUGCUAAGGUUACAACAAAAGAACAUCGUGGAGAGAACACAGUUUUAUAUUGGGCAUGUAUACGGGGAAAUGAAUUAAUUGUUGACUACCUUCUCCAACAUGGGGCGAACAAAGACGUUCAUAAGAAAGAUCGUUCGGGGCGUUCUUGUUUCGGUAAAGCAUGCUAUGAAGGCUAUACUGCUGUAGUCCAAACAUUCCUGAAGUUUAGAGUUGAUGUACGAAAGGAGGCGAACCUUCUGUGUGGCAAUAAAGAGAUCACCAAUAUUCUCAAUCUGGAAUUAAAUAAGUCCAGUAUAAAACAUCGCGAAAAAAUUGAGAAUUUGAAAACAUUGGGUGAGGAAAAGUUCACAAAGGUAAACACUUAG